UGAAAGAGAAGGCUGAGUUACCACAAUGGUUGGAAGACUGGUUUCUUUGAUGCUUCUAAGUACACUGUCUUUGAUUGAAAUGAAUGAGGCUCCUCAGCAGAUCUCUUUAACUGUGGCUAAACCCGGAGAUAAUGUGACACUGACAUGUGCGCUCUCUGGAAGUGAUCAAGGGUUGUUUUACUGGUAUAAGCUGAAUUUUGGAUAUAUGGUUCAAACAGUUGCUGAAGGAAGUUUUGACAAAAUAUUAUUUCAAAUUAACAACUCAAGAUUCAGUGCCACACAAAUGGGUAAUGUGCUUUCUCUUAUCAUAAGAAAUGUAAGCAAAAAAGAUGAAGCAAUGUACUUCUGUCAAGCAGGAUCAUCAUUCAGUAUGACAUUUAAAAAUGGCACAAUUUUGGCAGUGAAAGAUCCUAAAACGCAAAAUGCAUUUGUAACCAUGAAACAAACUCCAGAAGUGGGGCCAGUCCAUCUGGGUAAUGCAGUGACUAUGCAGUGUUCGCUCCACUCCAAGAACAAAACUGAGACAGAUCAGUGUCCAUAUGGUGAAACAUCUGAUAGUGGGACGUACUACUGUACUGUGGUAACAUGUGGACAAAUCCUGUUUGAUGAAGGAGCUAAAGUGGAGACCAAGGAGUUCCCGCUCGUUACUGUGCUUGGCGUACUGCUGGCCUGCUCUGUGUUUGUGAAUUUUGCACUGAUUCUCACCAAAAAGACAAAGGAAAGAAAAAAGAAAAAACAACCUCGUGAGCACUGCAAAGGAAAAGUAGAAGUCUUUACUGAUGUUGAACAGGACAAAUCAUCCAGGGAUCAAAUGAGCAACGAGGAAGGUGAAGAUGUAGGACUAAACUAUGUGGCUCUGGAUUUCCCCUCAAGAAAAUCUUCAAGAUGGAAGAGUAAGAAGGAGUCACCAGAGAGCACCAUAUACUCUGGCAUCAGAGAGGGCCAGUAAAAGGCAGAUUUAAGGUUGAUGCAGAUGCCAUUCCUCUGUGUAGAUGAAAAAGGAAAUUACAAUGACAAAGACAGAUUCUUUUGUAAGACCGAUUCUUUUAAUCACCUUAAUGAAGAUAUUCUGUCAGGAUUAGAGAGGUAAAAUGGGGCACAACCAUUAAGAUACUUAAAGACAAAUGGAUUCGUAAAUGAACUGGAAGCCAGUGAAAGGGAAGCUAAAACUGGAGUAAAGUCCUCUUGCUUGCUCGCACCAGAUAAAUAUUGUAUAUAAAAGCAUGUGUUCAUGUUUCAAGGUUGUGUUUGGCCUGAAUAGUUACACAGUUGCCUCAGUUAGAAAAAGCAGGGUUAGGACUUAAACAAAUGGAGAGCUUAUGAGGAUGAGGAUAUCAUGGUCCACAGUAUCAAAAGCAGCUGUUAAGUCUAAAAGCACGCAGUCACAGAAUCAACUGCUAAAAAUAUGUCGUUACAAACCACAAAAGAAUGGACUCUGUACUGUUGUGAGUUUUGAACAAUGUGAGUAUACA